UUGUGUUCAUCUUCUCAGGCAAGUAAGAAAGCCUCCAAUAAGAGACAGAGGGGAGGACAGAAGUCUUGCUCCAAUGUCUUCUCCAUGUUCGAGCAGUCCCAGAUACAGGAGUUCAAGGAGGCUUUUGGCUGCAUUGACCAAGACAGAGAUGGUGUUAUCAAAAAACAAGACUUGAAGGAAACCUAUGCACAGCUGGGGAAGCUCAAUGUCAAAGACGAGGAGUUGGAUGAGAUGUUGAAUGAGGGGAAGGGCCCCAUCAAUUUCACUGUCUUCCUGACUCUUUUUGGAGAGAAACUCAAUGGAACCGAUCCCGAAGACACCAUUCUUGCUGCCUUCAAACUUUUUGAUCCUAAUGGGACUGGCUUUGUCAAUAAGGAUGAGUUUAGGCGAUUACUAAUGAACCAAGCUGACAAAUUCACAGCAGACGAGGUGGAUCAGGCCUUCGCUCUCGCUCCCAUUGACCCAACUGGUAACAUUGACUACAAGUCGCUCUGCUACAUCAUCACACAUGGAGAUGAGAAGGAAGAAUCUUAA